AUGGAUGAGACAGUUCGUAGAUCUUCUCGUAGUAAUAAAGGCACGAAUCAGUACUUGGAGCGGCAAAGACAAGCCGAAUUAGAAUACAUCAACGCCAGAAAGGUGCAUCAAGAAGAUGCCAAGGAUAGUGGUGAAGGCGAUGAGGUAGUCAAGUGCCUGGUUUGUGGUACAACCGAUGAGAACUACGAUGAAGACAACGAUCCACAUGGCGACAUGAUUCAAUGUGAUACCUGUAACACUUGGCAGCAUAUAAAAUGCAUGACAGGGAAGGAGAAUGCGGAGGAGAUUGAGCGGUACGAUUGCAGCCUGUGCUCACCGUCCUUAUACCCAAACUUGACGUAUGCUAUUGAUCCUGCUUCUUACAAAGCCAAAAAAGCCAAAAAAGUACACAGUGUGGGCGAAGAUGAAGACGACUACGCCAAUGACGGGCUGGAAAGCUUGCCUGUGGAAAAUGACGAAGAGGAAAUCAAACGCCCCACAAAGCGAAGGAGGAGCGGUAUCUCAAAAGUCGUAGACAACAAGAGCCAGGAUUCAAAGCUGAGAGAGAGCGCUUCGAGGAUGUUUAAAGACUUAUUUGUCAGGUACAUUAUACCAGACACCAUCGCAGCGCGGACAUUUCAAUUGCCGCCGGACGACACAGUCGAAAGCCGUGCAGACUUACUUUCGAGCGAGCUUGAGCAGGAGCUUCACGCUGCGAGCUAUAGCAAUGAGGUGGGCAAGUUGAAUGAUAUGUACAAGGAGAAAGUGAGAGUUCUAUUCUCGAAUUUGAAAGACCAGAAGAACAUUGACAUGAAAACGCUUGUUGUAAACAAGGUGCUACCUUUUAGCAAACUUGUAAGGAUGUCUGUAAACGAACUUAUCAAUCCUGAUCUCCAGCACUUUAGGGAAAAGGUAGACCACGAAGCACUUGAUCAACUGAUAGUGGAGCAGCCCCAUAAGCCCAUGUACCACAAAACCCAUAAGGGGGAGGAACUCAUAGAAGAUCCUAACGCUUACGAGCCGGAAGACAUGAUAUUCAAUAGAGAUCUUUUAGCCGCGAAGUUAAAGCAGGAUGCAGAGAACAGCAAUAGUGCACAGCAUAGCGAUGCCACGAAUGGGGAAAAUGGGGAAGAUUCUAACGGCGGCACUCUCAAUUCAGGCGAACAUUCGCCCUCGACCAAAAGUCCAUCAGUGGGUGAAUUGUGGUCAUGUAGUGUCGAGUACAAGGAUAUCCAAACGAAAUUCUCUGGGGAGAUCAAGUUUCUGGCCUCAUCACAACAGAUCAGCAAUACAGUAAGACGUGAUGCCAUUGGCGACGGGGCUUUCGUGGUGGAAGGCAGAUUGAAAGACGAAGAUGCCGAGGGCUACAUCGAGCAAAUGUGCAAAACCAGAACGUUUCUGGCUUAUUUGCUGAAGCCACAUGCUAAUAGUCAUGACUCCCAGCAAUUCGAGGCGCUUUACGAAUUUUUGGCGAGCAGGCAACGUUAUGGAGCGCUCAAAGCCAAGAGACAAUAUGUACGGCAUGUCUACGUGAUUCCCUACUCGCAGGACCAGCAUCUGGGGGUUUUCAAACACAUGCAGUUGCCAGAGGACGAAAAAGAUCUCAUAGCAGGAAAUUGUCUGGUGGUGGUGGCCAUAGUCAGGCCUGACAUGUUAGAUGUUACAUAA